AUGGCCCCCUCCGCGGUGACCAAGGACCUGAAGCGCAAACGCUCGCGCGCACAGGACGACGAUGAAGCAGCAUCCGCAUCAACCACGACGGCUGCACGCCCCUACAAGCAACGCGUCUUGGUGCUCAGUUCAAGAGGUAUCAGUCAGCGCCAGCGUCAUUUGAUGAGUGAUCUUACGGCCAUGUUGCCUCAUGCCAAGAAGGGUCAGUCGUCUUGAGUGUGCCCCCUGUCCCUCAUGGACUCAGCCGGGACUGAUCCUGACUCUCUCCCGUGCUCGGAACGUCCCUCGCAUCGCGAAAAGACGCCAAACUGGAUACCAAGCAUCAACUCGCGCUCGUCAACGAGCUGUGCGACCUCUCCAACUGCAACAACGCGCUCUUCUUUGAGGCCCGACGCAAGCACAACGAUCUCUACCUCUGGGCCGCCAAAGCCCCCAACGGUCCUUCGAUCCGUUUCCACGUGCUCAACAUCCACACCAUGGACGAGAUGAAGAUGACGGGCAACUGCCUCAAGGGGUCCAGGCCGUUGGUUGUGUUUGAUCAGCAGUUCGAUGCACCCGAUGCGCAGCCCCAGUGGAAGAUCAUGAAGGAGAUGUUGACCCAUGUACGUUCAAAUUCGUACUCUUGAGCAUCACAGAACAAUGGACUAACCCUCUCGUGUCCCUCCCUUAUCAGAUCUUUGCGGUCCCAAAGACGGCGAGGAGAGCAAAACCUUUCGUCGACCACGUCAUCAACUUUUCCAUCGUCGACGGCAAGAUUUGGUUCCGACAGUACCAGGUGCGUUUUCAAGUCAACUUGGAUUGUUGCGGUCUUCUUUGAUCUGAUGAUCUUGAUCUUGGUUCUCUGCUCGCCCUCCCCCCCCCCCCCCCCAGAUCCUCGACAACCCUUCCGCCGACCCGACCCUCCCUUCCACCUCCUCGACUGUAUCCACCACCAAAGCCACCAAAGCCGCCGCAGCCAACGGUCCCAAAAUGUCUCUCAACGAAAUCGGUCCUCGUUUCGUCCUGACCCCCGUCAAGAUCUUUGAAGGCUCUUUCAACGGUGCCUGCUUGUACGAGAACAAGGAAUUCGUCCCGAGUCAACAGGCUUACUUGGGGCAAAAAUUGGUCAGGGCAAGCAAGUACAGGGGGAGGAAGGAUCAGGAGGAGCAGAGGAGGACGAGGGAGAGCGAUCUGUUGGAAUCGAGGCCCGAGAAACCGUUGGAGACGAGGAGCGUGUUUGCUUAA